AUGACACCACCAAUCGACCCCCUCCGCCACCGCAUCUUCUCCGAACUAAACCUCCAACUAACGCACCCCUCGAUCCCCAAACCCCUCCUCAACGAAUGCUCAAAACACCUCGCCUUCCUCGUGCGAUACUACGCAAACGACCCGGACUGCAAUCCGCUGAGAGUCAGUGUGCCGAUUGUCGAAGCACCUGUAUGUGUACCUCGUGUGGGUAUGGGAGAGGAAGAGGGGGAUAAAGAGGAGGAUGAAGAGGAGGAGGAUGAAGAGGAUGUAGAGAUAGAAAUGGGGAUAAAGAUCGCGUUAGUAGUUUUCGAAGAGAAAAGAAGGAAAAGCUCCGUACAGACGAGAAUGGAAGGACUGAGGAAGAUGAAGAUGGAGAGAUUGUACGGAGUAGGUAAGGUGUUGGGGGAGGAAGACACCGAAGACGACUUAACACCAACGGUGAAGACGAAGAAUGGUAUCGAGACUGGUGGUCCCGUUAGUAAGAUCGCCAGAUCUCGACAUUGUCCUCCUGUGUCGGCGUCUGGUACUGGUACUUCUGUUUCGUCUACAGCUGCGAAGCCAAGGAUGCGUGUACUGAUUGAGACGACUGGUACGCUGGGGCAUUACAAGUGCUUGGUUGCGAAGCUUUGUGGCAUGGCCGAGCGUGUUGUAGCCGGAUUGUUGGAAGGUGAUGAGGACAUGGUGCGCGCGUGCGAAGAGGUCAAGAAGAAUAAAGGCAAGAAGACGAGUGCGGAUGUGGGGAAGAGACCGGUGUGGGAUGUUGAGGCUUGCGGGGAGUGGUGUUAA